AUGAACAACAGCGUCCUGCCCCCUCCCCCGCGAUACCCAUCGCAUUCGGGUGCCUAUGGCACUCUCGGCCCAGGCAUCGCUCCCAUGAUCGAGACGAACAACAUCCUGUCCAACCCCGAAGGCCCGGAGUACCAAUUCCUGGUCGGAGAGGGAACUUACGUUCUCAAGGAGGACCUUCACCUCGCGACGCCCCCGCCCCAUCCUUCCGAAGCUCCCGUCGUGAACCCGAACCCGCUUGCGACGAACCCACAGCCAGCGACCGCCGGCACGAAGCUUUCCCUCAUAAGCUUGGACAUGCGCGCCGCACCGCCCUUCUUCUACAAGGGGUCGUCGGCCACGACGCUGUCCCUCACCGGCGAUAUCAAGGAACACCCCAACGAGGACCGGUACUCGACUGAGGCCGGGCUCAGCAGCGACGGUGGUGGCGGGACCUCGUUGAGCGAUGCGCAACCCAACUCCAUGACAAUGAUUGCCGCGGCGCCGGCGUUUGGCGACGGCAACACGGCGCUCGCGCCAGCCAACAUGAAGGACGCUGCGAAGAAGAAGGUGCCAAAGCCCAAGAACAAUAUGACUAAGAGCAACUCGUCGUUCAUCUCUAGAGUAAUUGUAAACGAGAGCCUUGCCAAGAAGCUUCAAGAGCGGCCGACGGACGGAGUCUUUGCUUUUGCCAACAUUAACCGUGCUUUCCAAUGGCUAGAUUUGUCGUCAGCGUCAAAGGCGGACUACUUGACUAAGAUUCUGUUCACCAAGGCUCACUGCCUCUGCCACGACGUCAACACGAUCACGAAGAGCAUAUCGCAUAUCGACGUCAUUAUGGGAUUCUCCACUGGCGAAAUCAUCUGGUGGGAGCCAGUAUCACAACGGUACACCCGUUUGAACAAGAACGGCAUCAUCAAUGGCACGCCAGUAUCGGAAAUCAGAUGGAUUCCUGGAUCCGAGAGUCUCUUUCUGGCGGCGCACAUGGACGGUUCAUUGGUGGUGUACGACAAGGACAAGGAGGACGCCCAGUUCUCGCCAGAGGAAGAGCUCGCGGCCAGCGGCACGCCCAAUGGGGAGGGCGAGGCGACAAAUAACGUCAACCACAACCUCAAGAUCCAAAUCAACAAGUCGAUUCAAUCCAAGAAUCAAAAGACGAACCCGGUAGCAUCAUGGAAGCUAUCUAACCAGCGAAUCAAUGCCUUCGCUUUCAGCCCCGACAACCGACAUCUGGCCGUGGUAUCGGAGGACGGCUCUCUCCGCAUCAUUGACUACUUGAAGGAGGAGUUGCUGGAUCUCUAUCAUUCUUACUACGGUGGCUUUAUCAGCGUCUGCUGGUCUCCGGACGGCAAGUACGUGCUCACGGGCGGCCAAGACGACCUUAUCUCCAUCUGGUCUGUUGAGGAAUCGGCCAUUGUGGCACGCUGUCAAGGCCAUCAGUCUUGGGUGACGUCCGUAGCGUUCGACCCGUGGCGCUGCGACGAUAGAAACUACCGCUUCGGCAGUGUCGGCGAAGAUUGCAGAUUGUGUCUCUGGGAUUUCAACGUCGGCAUGCUUCACAGACCCAAAGCGGCUUCCGUUCACCACCGGGGUUCCGUGUCCUCACGCUUCGCCAAUCCCUUGCAGAGGCAGGAAACAGCGAACACAUCAGCGAGCCGCAUCCGGUCCAACUCAACCCUAUCGGGCGGCGCCGUCGACGACGAAGAGAGCAGCGUCGUGCAUCCCGUAGAGCCGCGUGCGCGCAUUGCCAUGCUUCCGCCCGUAUCCUCCAAAGCACUUGAUACCCACCCUCUAUGCUGGCUUGAGUUCACAGAAGAGGCCAUCAUCACCAGCUGCAAGUCAGGCCACAUCCGGACGUGGAACAGGCCGACAGAUGCUCCGGUGCCGAAGGAGGGAGCAUCUUAG